AUGACAUCGAUACAGAAAGAAAUCUUUCAAUGUGCGUUGUCUGGGGACUUGGAAACUAUUAAGAAGCAUUUUGAACGAGAGGCCACCGCAGAGGAGUCGCAGGAAAAGGAUUUGUACGGAGUGAAGGACGAGGUUGGGAGAAAUGCCCUGUUAACUGCGUGCAUGUUGGGGAGGACCGCCAUCGUCCGAGAACUGGUCAGAAACGGAGCGCAGAUCGACCAGCAGACCGUCCGGGGUUAUUCUUCCCUGCACCUUGCUGCUUGUUGGGGGCACCUGGACACAGUCAGGACCCUGCUUGACCUGGGAGCUGACACACAGACCAAGACCUUCAGAGGGGAGAGGCCGGUAGACCUGGCCAGGAGAUACUCCCGGACAGACUGUGCUGACUGUCUCCUCCUGGCAGAAGCUAAACAGGACUUGAUGUCGUAUGUUGCUUUUGUUAAAGACCUCGUCUCUGACCCGGAGAGGAAGCUCACAAAGGAGGAAAAGAACACCUGCAUGCGUGCCUGUUCUGCCAAGUCAGACUGGAUUCAGAGUGUCAAACACUCAGUCACAGACAUCACGGCCCAAAGGAAAGACAUAGAGGACACGCUUCAGCCUAUUCUCAGCAAGCUGUCAGCACAAUGAGCUGAGGUGACUGUCAAACCAGCAGGAAAGGUCUAACGCAGAGGAACAUCUGUGCAAUGUCAGAGCUCCAAUGCUUGUCUGAAAACUUUAAAAUUGUUUUCUGGUGUAUAAUAUUUUGAAAUUGAAAUUCAUUUGGAAAUUACUUUUUAAAUUAUGGGAAGAAAUUAUAGUUACAGGAAGUUACACAGGCCUGAACCUCAAUCACAUUAUAUUUGAUUGUUCUCAUGAGGUUCUUAUGUAACUAAAAGUCUAUUUAGACACUAUUCAUGCUCUACCCAUUGGACUUAAAAUGUACUGUGUGAAGUCACUUCAACUGUCUGCCACAAUUAAGACCA